AUGAUUAAUGGAAUGCAUAAAGCAAGGAAGUUCACCUCAGGAUGUUUCUUGCGUGGAAAAAUUUAUGUCCUCGGUGGCCGAGAUGAGAAUGAUAAACGCCUCACUUGUGGAGAAAGUUAUGAUGAGACCACAAAUUCUUGGGAGUUGAUACCUGACAUGUUAAAAUACAUGACAUUCAUUAUGCCUUCCCAAUCUCCGCCUCUUAUAGCUGUGGUUGAUGACAAUCUAUACAUGUUGGAGACAUCUUUGAACGAGCUUCGCGUAUAUGAUAUAAACACAAAUAUUUUAAAGAAACUUGGUGUUGUCCCCGUGAGCGCAAACACUACCUUUGGUUGGGGGACUGCGUUUAAAUCGAUGGGAGAUAGACUUCUGGUUGUUGGAACUUCUCACUCUUGGCAUAGGAAAGCAAUAGUCUACUCAUGUCGUCCUUCUCUAGACGUGGAAGAGCAGCACUGGGAAGAAUUAAAUAUUGGUGCAGUGGGCCAAUGGAGAUAUGCAGAUUGGCGUUUUCAUGGUGCCAUCUGA